GGGGGCGCCUCCGGCGGACCGUGGCGGCGCCGGGCGGAGAGGCCGCGGCUGCCGGGGUCGUUGGGGGACGGCGGCGAGCUCGGGCCUGAGCGGCGGUGGCCGGGGGCGCAGGCGGAGCCCCGCGCCGGCCCAAGGCCCCGGCUAUGGCAGCGGCUACCAUAGUGCACGACACGUCGGAGGCGGUGGAGCUCUGCCCGCCGUACGGCCUGUACCUGAAGCCCAUCACCAAGAUGACCAUCAGCGUGGCACUCCCGCAGCUGAAGCAGCCCGGGAAGUCCAUCUCCAACUGGGAGGUGAUGGAAAGGCUGAAGGGCAUGGUGCACAACCACCAGUUCUCCACGCUGCGCAUCUCCAAGAGCACCAUGGACUUCAUCCGCUUUGAGGGUGAGGUGGAGAACAAGAGCCUGGUCAAGUCCUUCCUGGCCUGCCUGGACGGCAAGACCAUCAAGCUCAGUGGCUUCUCCGACAUCCUCAAGGUGCGCGCCGCCGAGUUCAAGAUCGAUUUCCCCACCCGCCACGACUGGGACUCCUUCUUCCGUGACGCCAAGGACAUGAACGAGACGCUGCCGGGUGAGCGGCCAGACACCAUCCACCUGGAGGGCCUGCCCUGCAAGUGGUUCGCGCUCAAGGAGUCGGGCUCCGAGAAGCCCAGUGAGGAGGUUCUGGUCAAGGUGUUCGAGAAGUUCGGGGAGAUCCGCAACGUGGACAUCCCCAUGCUGGACCCCUACCGGGAGGAGAUGACUGGCCGCAACUUCCACACCUUCAGUUUCGGGGGACACUUGAACUUCGAGGCCUACGUGCAGUACCGCGAGUAUGUGGGCUUCAUCCAGGCCAUGAGCGCCCUGCGCGGGAUGAAGCUCAUGUACAAGGGUGAGGACGGCAAGGCCGUGGCCUGCAACAUCAAGGUUUCCUUCGACUCCACCAAACACCUGAGCGACGCCUCCAUUAAGAAGCGGCAGCUCGAGAGGCAGAAGCUUCAGGAGCUGGAACAGCAGAGAGAAGAGCAAAAGCGCCGAGAGAAGGAGGCGGAGGAGAGGCAGCGAGCGGAGGAACGGAAGCAGAAGGAGCUAGAAGAGCUGGAGAGAGAGAGGAAGCGAGAAGAGAAGCUGCGCAAGAGGGAGCAGAAACAGAGGGACCGCGAGUUCCGCCGGAACCAGAAGAAGCUGGAGAAGCUACAGGCGGAGGAGCAGAAGAAGCUGCAGGAGAAGAUCCGGCUGGAGGAGCGCAAGCUGCUGCUGGCUCAGCGCAACCUGCAGUCCAUCCGGCUCAUCGCCGAGCUGCUGAGCAGAGCCAAGGCAGUGAAACUGCAGGAGCAGGAGCGGAAGGAGGAGACGCUGCGGCUGCAGCAGCUGGAGGAGAGGCGGCGGCUGCAGGAGGCCGAGCUGCGGCGCGUGGAGGAGGAGAAGGAGCGGGCCCUGGGGCUGCAGCGCAAGGAGAGGGAGCUGCGGGAGCGCCUGCUGAGCAUCCUGCUGAGCAAGAAGGCCGACGACCCGCACACGCAGGAUGAGCUCGGGGUCUCCCACGCAGACCUGCUGCAGCCCGUGCUGGAUAUCCUGCAGACCGUGUCGGCCAGCUGCGUGGGCGCUGCCUCCCUGCAUCCCCUUGUGGGCCAGCCCCCCCCCAGCACCCCAAAGGAGACCCCACCCCGGCUGGAGACCGACAGCACGCCGAAAAACGUGAACGGGAGCGUGGCCGAGGGGGCCCAGUGCAAGGAAAGCCUGAAUUCUCGUCUUGCCGCCGCAGGUGACAGCUCCCCUGACAAGAGGUGCCCCGGUGUCCUCUCCUGCAUUCCCGACAACAACCAGCAGCCCAAGGGCUUGCCCGCCGCCGCCGCCGCCGCCGCCGCCUGUGACCAGAGCGUGCCCAAAAAGGACAUCCGUUCUGAGCAAGACAAGUGCAACCGCGAGCCCAGCGGGGGCCGAGGCCGGGCCAGCGGGGGCCGGGGGGAGGACGACAGACACAAGCGAGAGAGGAGCCGGCCGCGGCGGGCUGGCAGUCGGGAGGACGGGAGGCAGGGACGGAAGGAGCGGCGGCAGCACAAGAAGCACUCACGCCAGGAUGACAGCCCCCAGCGGCGGAGCGCGAGCCCCGACCACAGCCGGUCCCGGAGAUCCCAUAGCAGAGAGCGGUCCAGCCGGAGGGAGAGGAGCCGAGACCGCAGGGGCGGCUCGGGCAGGAAGCGUAGCCGCCAUGGCCACGGUGACCGAGACAGGUCACGCUCAGGGUCCCCCAGCCGGCACCGCAGCGCAUGGAACAGGUAAUGCAGGGUGUCCCCCCACGCGGCCACCCAGCGAAGACCAGGACCCGUGGGGCUUCUUGGCUCCUCUUCUGCCCAGCCUCCGCAGAGCACACAGCCAAGGAGCCACCCAUGCAGGAGGGCCACGCGUGACGAUUCUCCCUUCAUUAACAUCUGGUGGCCUUUAUGUUCCGUACAUGUAGUCCUCAAUCGCUAGCUUUAGUUUUCCCUUAAAACUGUUGAUCCGAUAGCUUUAAUGUCACCAAUUCUCUCUGAAUCAGGAAAAACGCACUGGCCGGCAGUGGUGAGAAGUGCAUAGCCACCACGUACGUGCAGGCAGAGCAGCAUUUCUGUCCCGUUUAGGGACACCCCCACGUAUACUGACUUCAUGGGAGGCACAUUGCACGUCGGGGACAGAUUGUCAGAAUGGACAGCCAUGGUCCCACAGGGCCCUGAAAAUUUGAAAAAGGCUUGCCCUGGUGGUGUUUUUUUUCCUUUUUCUUUUGUAAUUUUAACUGAUGAUUGGGAAGUGCACUUGGCAGGAUGCCAGUAGAACCCAGUGGUCGUGGCACGUUACGUCACGCACGGAGACAGUGCAAGUCCUUAAGAUCAAAACUCGAACGUGCUGUCUUAAGGUAUCGGCGCGUGGGGGGUGCUCCAGCAUGAUCUGAUGCUCCUUCACUUCAGAAACAUUCAUGUGACAAACUGGUGAUUAUGCAUUAAAAAAAAAAAAAAAAAAAAGAUUGGUUAAAAGCUUUGGUUUCUAGUCAAGGUUAGUGUGUGUGGUUUUUUUAAGAAGCUGUUUUGCUAAAUUAUUUUUACUUGGAACGUUUCAAACAGAUUUAAGGCUAAAAACUUGUUAAAUUUUAUAAUCAUUUGCUUCUCCAAGUGAAGCUCAAGAAAUACUUAAAAAUAGCUGUAAUGUUUGCGUUAGGAAAGAUGGUGUUUAUUCCAGUUUGCAUUUUUUGUGAAAUAAAAUCUUUUUCCAAUGAA